GGGGCUGUAGCCAUGGCAACGCGCUUGCAGUCUAGGCCUCUCUGUCAGGCGGGACGCGCGAGUGCAGGGGAGCUGGCGACAGGCGGGGCUGCGGGCGCCCAUGGGCCCUGGCGGCCCGGGCCGCUGCAGGACGAGACCCUGGGCUUGGCGUCCGUGCCCUCGCAAUGGAGGGGCGUCCAGGGCGUCCGCGGGGAGACGAAGAGUUGCCAGACAGCCAGCAUCGCCACUGCUGACGCGGGCACCCAGGGCCGGAAGCGCGAGGACGCCCAGGUGCAGACGGAGGCCCCGGUGCGGCCUGCGCCCCCCGUGCCCAGGCCCGACGAGCCCAGGCUGCUUGCUUUCCUGCGCCGCGUGGAGCCGGCGGUCACCCGCGAGCUGAGCCGGAACUGGCAGAGCCACGCCUUCGAUGGCUUCGAGGUGACCUGGACCGAGCCGCAGCAGACGGUGACCUGUCUGCACACGCUGGGGUACCCGCCGGCCCAGGGCCAGGGUCUGCAUGUGACCAGCGUGUCCUGGAACGCCACCGGCUCUGUGCUGGCCUGUGCCUACGGCCGGCUGGACGAUGGGGACUGGAGCACACUUAAGUCCUACGUGUGCGCCUGGAACCUGGACCGGCGCGGCCUGCACCCCCAGCAGCCGUCGGCAGUGGUGGAGGUGCCCAGCGCCGUCAUGUGCCUGGCCUUCCACCCCACUCAGCCUUCCCAGGUCGCAGGAGGGCUGUACAGCGGUGAGGUGCUGCUGUGGGACCUGAGCCGGCGGGAGGACCCGCUGCUGUGGCGCACAGGCCUGACGGAUGACACCCACACGGACCCCGUGUGCCAGGUGGUGUGGCUGCCCGAGGCUGGGCACAGCCACCGCUUCCGGCUGCUGAGCGUGGCUCCCGACGGGAAGGUGCUGCUGUGGCAGGGGGGCGGCACGGGCCCCCUGCAGCUCCGAGAGGGCUUCGCCCUGGCCAUGCAGCAGCUGCCGCGGAGCGCCAGGCUGAGGAAGCCUCCCCGGGGCGAGACUGAGGUGGGCGCCACGGCGGUGGCCUUGUCCAGCUUCGACCCCAACCUCUUCAUCCUGGGCACGGAGGGCGGCUUCCCGCUCAAGUGCUCCCUGGCGGCGGAAGAGGCGGCCCUGGUGCGGACGCCCAGCUCCGUGCCCCUGCGGGCCCCGGCGCGCUUCGCCUUCUCGCCACAAGGAGGCCCCAUCUACUCCGAACCUCUUCCUGAGCGCGGGCACGGACGGCCACGCCCACCUGCACUCGGCGCUGCAGGCCCAGCCCCUGGCCUCCCUGCGCCUGUCCCAGCAGUACCUGUUUGCAGUGCGCUGGUCCCCUGCGCGUCCCCUGCUCUUCGCGGUGGCCUCUGGGGAAGGUGCCGUGCAGCUGGUGGACCUCCAGAGAAGCUCCCAGAAACCCGCAGUGUCCGUCUCGCAGACCCAGGACGGAAGCCCCGUCUACUGUCUUGAGUUUAACAAACAGCAGCCCCAGCUCCUGGCUGCUGGCGACGCCAAGGGCACAGUGAAGGUGUGGGGGCUGAGCACUGCCCUCACGGAACAAGGGCCCCGGGAGAUGGAGGACCUGGACCGGCUGGCAGCCGAGGUGGCCCCUGAGGGCGAUGGAGCAGCCGGCUGUGUGGGUCAGGUGUGAGCAGAAUGAAGAGGAAAAGCCUUCAGGGGAGAGUGAGUCCUUUAUUUCGUGUCUUUAUGUGAAAACAGAAGAUGGGGAUGGGGUGAAGGCGGGGCAGGAGCCAGCUGCUCCGGAUUUUCUAAGUCGGAAUGAGGGCAGCUGGCUCUGACAGAUGGCGGUCCCACCACGGGCGCUGACUGUGACUGAACCAGAAGUGGUUACUGAAGGCCAGUUUCUACUACAUCUCACCCAAGCGAAGCAGGCUCAUGGCUA